UCCUUUCCCCGCGCCGCGCUCCGGGCGGGAGGCAGGAAGGGAGGCGGCGGGAUGGAGCGGCUCCCGGCCGGGAUGCGGUAGCGCCCCGGGACACGGUGACGCUGACAUUCCCCAGCAUCCCCCUGCCAUGGCCUCAGGGAAUGAGGGUGACCCACCGCGGGCCCGCGGGCGCCGGGGCAGCGACAGGCAGAGGCUGUGCCAGGAGCUCAACCCAGAAGCCCGCGUGGCAGCGGAGGCAGAGGAGGUGUUCCGGGGCUAUGCCCUGUACCGCUACCAGCAGGAGAGGGAGGAGAGAGGGGCGGAGGUGCCCCCGGACCCGGAGAUCGAGCAAAUCCAGCAGGACCUGGAGAGCACCGGCAGCGAGGUGGGGCAGCGCUUGGCCAUCAUCGGGGACGACAUUUACAGGCGCUACGACCCCGAGUUCCGCUCCAUGCUGGACACCCUGCAGCCCACGGCGGCCAACGCCUACGAGCACUUCACCAAGAUCGCCUCCAGCCUCUUCGAGAGCGGCAUCAACUGGGGCCGGGUGAUCGCCCUGCUGAGCUUCGGGUACCGCAUGGCCAUGCACGUGUUCCAGCACGGCCUCACCGGCUUCCUGCGCCGCAUCGCCCGCUACGUCGUGGAGUUCAUGGUGCAGCACAGGAUCGCCCGCUGGAUCGCCCAGCAGGGAGGAUGGGUGGCUGCACGGAACCUGGACAAUGUUUACAUGAAGUACAUGCUGGUGGUGGCCCUGCUCGUGCUGGGGCACUUGGUGGUACGACGCUUCCUCAGGCUCUGACGGGGCAGGGCUGGGGGGUCCAGCACUCUCUCAGUUCUCUGCUCUGUCUCCCAGGAGAGGGGGAUUCGAGGAGCCUCCGAGAGAGAGUGUGGCUGGACCCCCUCCCACCACAGGGCCUGGGGUCUCUGCAUCCCCUGGAGCCACGGAGUGAAGGAGGGGAUGGGGGGGCUCCUCUUUGUCGUCUUUUUGGUGCCUCAACAAGCUGCUGAGGAUGGGCCCGACUGUGCUGGGGCAUUGCUGGGACCCCCAGGUCCUCAGGAGGAGCAGAGGUGUGAUGGCAGUGCCUCUGUGUGUGUGUGUGUUUGUGUUUAGGGUCUCGUGCACCCCUGGGGCAGGUGCAGAGCCCCCCAUUGCUGACAGCCCCAGCCUGGACCCCCCCUGUGUCCGAGCCCUGGCUGCUACAGUUGUUGUCUGCAAGCCCAUGUGGGGCUGCUUCACCUCCCCUCUGCUCCUGAGCCCAGGACUUGAGCCUUCUCCAGCUUUUUAAGAGACACCCCGACCCCUUUUUAUAGGAACACUCCUCCUGCCCCUGCUCUGGCAGGAGUUCCCUGCCCCAGCCCUGGCC